GUUUCAUGUGAAAAAGCUGAAGGAAGACAAAAUAAUAUCAACAGUAUGUACCUUAAGAAGGUUUUGAAUUAGAGUAAGAGACUGAGUGACAGAGAAGAAAAGGCAAGUUUUAGAACACUCACUCUAAGAUGUCUGCUGGAAUCUACAAAGUAUAAACAAUAUUGUUGAGCACAGUUUUGGUUAAAAGAAAUAAACUAAAUUAUUCAUGGUCCAGAUAUAGAAAAUUUUGUGAAUUUCUUCAGCGAUCUCUGAGAUAGAAUAUCAGCCAUAGGGUGAUAUCAUGGUGAAGUUGACCUGGGAAUAAAGAUUGAACCAGAUAGAGUAUCAGCACAGGGAGAAAAAAUUCUGAAGAAUCAAUGCGGCAAAUCUAAGCUAAUUUGAAUGAAGGUCCCCCUUCUGAUAACUGAAUGGAGUCAUAGAGGUUACAGGUUUGUUCCUAUUUUUAUUUACAGACAAUACCCUCUCUAAAUGGAUGUGGGAAAUCACAGCACCAUCCUUGAAUUUAUCCUCCUCGGGCUGUCUGCUGACCCCCAUGUCCAGGCUCUGCUCUUUGUGUUGUUCCUGGUAACAUACCUCCUGACUCUUAUGGGAAACCUAUCGAUACUGUUGGUCAUCAGGACAGAUUCUCACCUUCAUACACCCAUGUACUUCUUCCUGAGUGACCUCUCUUUCCUGGAUUUUUGCUUCUCCUCUGCCACACUGCCCAAGCUGCUGGAAAGUCUUCUGUCACAGAAGAAAAUCAUCUCUGUGAAGGACUGUAUGGCUCAGGUAUUCUUUUUGUUAGACUCUGGGAGCACUGAAGCCUGCCUGCUUACAGUGAUGGCCUAUGAUCGUUGUGUUGCCAUCUGCCAUCCUCUGCUCUAUGACCAGAUGAUGAGCAACCAGCUCUGUAAGGGGCUGGCUUGGGGUUCCUGGGUCCUGGGCUUUCUAGAUGCACUCAUCAACAUCCUUCUAGCUAUGAACUUGGACUUCUGUGAGAAUCAGUCUAUCCCCCACUACAGUUGUGAGUUACCCUCACUCUUCCCUCUGUCCUGCUCUGAUGUCUCCACCAGUUUUGCUGUUAUGCUCUGCUCUACUCUUCUGCGUGGACUUGGAACCUGUGUCCUGAUUGUUUUCUCCUACACCCUCAUUGUCUCGACCAUCUUGAGCAUCAGGUCUUCCACUGGUAAAAGCAAGGCCUUCUCCACCUGCUCCUCCCACCUCACUGCAGUGCUCCUAUUUUAUGGCUCAGCUUUCCUUCGCUAUGUCAUGCCAAUCUCAAGUUCACCAUUGGAGUUGAUCUUCUCUGUGCAGUACAGUGUGGUCACUCCCCUAGUGAAUCCUUUCAUCUAUAGCCUGAAGAACAAUGAGGUUAAAGCAGCUCUGAGAAGAAACUUGAGAAAAUAUCUCCAAUAUUUCAGGUAGUUGACUGCAGGCAGAGGAUGAUGGGGAAUUAGUGUACUGCAGUAGAAUAUCUGGUGAGUUGAUAUUGACAGAAUUUCCUGAUUGCCCCUUCAAUAUUGUGCAGUCACUCACACAGAGAAUCCUUGGUCUACAGCCUGAAAAACAAGGAGACGGCAGUAAAAAGGUGUCUUAGAAAUCCAUACAGCUAUUUGGGGGUGAGGUGGAGAAGGUUGGCUCAGAUUCUAAAUCAACAUCACUUGCCUGGUCUGCUCUGCGUGGCUUUGGUACAUUGUCUCCCAUCCUGAGAAUCAUCUCCGUCACAGGCAGAAACAAGACCGUCUCCACCUGCUAGUCUCACCUCACUGCAGUGAGCUUCUUCUAUG